GCCACAGGAAUCACUUACCAGCUUCUUCCAAAACUCCAAUGCGUGUGCCUGCCCACAUGCUAUGCUACCCCCUCCAUUUUAAAACAAAAGAAAGGCCUCAACUUUAUUCCAUAAAUGAAGCUUGAAUAGUACAAAAGGCAAACCGGUCGGUUAGAGGGUGGAAGGAAACUUAAGAGAUGACCAAGAAGCAGCAGAUCAAGUCUCUGAUGGGGAAAGUGCAAGGAAUGAGGCUUCUGUCUCUUGGAGGUUGUUUUGAUAGCUGCAGAGACCACUCUCAAGCUUCUGGGCUUGGAACGAGGAUAUGGAAUCUCAGUGAUAGGCCAGUGGAGCUGCAAAUAAGGGUCGGGUCGAUACUGAAGAAGUUUCACACGGUCAAGCCAGGAUGCUCCAAGAGAUUGAAAUGCAAAAGCAUAUACAAGGCAUACAUGCCUGGCACGAGUAGCAGCAAUGGCGAUGGUGGCGUGGUGGGGAUGAAGAGCUUGCUCUAUUACUAUGACGAGACUUGCCAUCCUUAUAUAUGGAUUUCAGACACAGGCGGUGAUUCUUUGAGGAUGGUGAAGCAGCAGUAUGUUAGCCUUGAGGAUCUGAGAGACUCUUCAGAGAUCAGAAUCUUCAGGGAUCAUCAGAGAGGUUGCAUUUCUGUUCGCAAGAGACCAAGGCCUGAUUUCUGCUGAAUUCAGUUUCAUUCAUUCAUCACCUUUCAUGUUAAUUUGCCUGCUGCUCUGUAUCCUUAGUUUCUGAGAUCCUCUUGUUCUCUCUUUUAUCAGUGUGCGUAAGUAAUUGCAGGCUGCAAUGAUCUGUGAUAUAUAUGACUGUUUAAUUUUGUAUUUGUUUGGGAAUGGAGUGAUGUUACAGAUGCAGGGAGCUAUUAGCUGUAAUUGACGACCGACACUUUUUAAUAUUGUUUAAUGCAAUUCAAUCUUAAUGGAUAUUUUCUCAUUGAAAGCUCAAA